AGUAAAUGUAAAUAGUAAAAUAAUACAUCAGUCUGUGUAUUUUCGUUGUUCUAAAAUCAGAAAUUUUCUUUUGUUUUAAAUGGCUAAAGCUUUGCCGCUCAUCAGUUGUGACUCUUGGGCCGAUAGCAUAAAUGAGGAAGAUGUGGAGCCCAAAUUCAAGUAUCACCGUCUCGCAAACGAUUUGAAAUACAUGCUCAAUGCUGAUGUCAUCACUUGUAGCGCUGUACACUUAAAGUUUCUUAUAUUUGGAACUUUCCGAGGGCGUGUUUGUAUAUUUGACCAUCAAGGAAACUCAGUCUACUCAAAUCUUAGCGCUAGCGAACGGUACACUCACCAAGUGGCAGUAAACAAUAUCGAUGUAGAUCAUAAGGGCGAGUAUGUGGCCACAUGCUCCGACGACGGAAAAGUCAACAUAACGGGGUUGUUUAGCUCUGAUAACAAUCACAGUCUCAGCUUUGGCAAAUGUAUAAAGGUCGUAUCACUGGAGCCCGAUUCCAAAGCUCACAUUAAGAGAUUUGUAGUGGGCGACGACAAACUUAUUUUGUACGAGCGUAACUUGCUAAAGAAGCUUAAACCAGUUGAACUGUGCUCAGUCGAAGGCAGUGUUUUGUCGAUCUGCUGGCAUGGCAACUUUAUUGCCUGGGCAAGUCAUAUAGGAGUUCGAGUCUACGAUUUAAACGAAAGAUGCUCACUUGGAUUAAUAAAAUGGGAGGUUCCUCCUCAGGAGCGACUAGAAAAUUUUCGAUGCCACCUUCGCUGGUCCAACAAGAAUACAUUGUUGAUUGGCUGGGUAGACACUAUUCGGGUUUGCGUAAUUCGAAAGAGAAAUUCAAUCGAAGCUUCAACUGGCAAUCUGCCUGUCUACAUUGUGGAUCCAAUCUCGACAUUUCAAACAACUUUCUACGUAUGUGGGCUUGCACCAUUAUCUGCAAAGCAAUUGGUGGUUCUUGGCUUUCGCAAGGAAAAAAGCUCUUGUUUUAAAGCCCAACGACCUGUAUUAUGCGUUAUUGAAUACAAAAUGAAUAGCAGCGAAGAAAUCUGCACAGACAGUUUAACUUUACGCGGCUUUGAGGAGUACACCGUGAAUGACUAUAGUCUGGGUGGCAUAAUCGAGGAGAAUCGGUUUUAUAUUGUGGCCCCAAAGGAUAUUGUUGUAGCUAGUCUUAUUGAAACAGAUGAUCGUAUAGAAUGGUUGAUUAAACACAGUAAAUUUGAGGAGGCAAUGGAACUUAUAUCUGCGAAUGGAGGUAAUGUUCCCGUACUUUCCGUUGCCAAACUUUAUGUUAACCAUUUACUGGCGCUUAAGAAGUAUGAUGACGCAGCAAAACUUUGCCUCCGCAUGCUAGGCAAUGACAAAGUCCUUUGGGAAGAGGAAGUUUUUAAGUUUGUAAAGUGUCAGCAGCUACGAUCAGUUAGCGCCUAUCUGCCGACCUCCGACGAAUGCAAACUUGAUCCCCAUGUAUACGAAAUGGUUUUAUACGAGUUUCUCAAAUUUGAUGUAUGUGGUUUCUUGAAUCUUAUCAAAGAAUGGCCAUCUCAUCUUUAUGACGGCCUGGCUGUUAUUAACGCUAUUCACGAUAACUUUCGAAAGCACCAUGCCAAUCAGUUGCUGGAAUCAUUGGCUCUUUUGUAUUCCUAUCAAGGUGACUUCGAAAGUGCCCUUCGCAUGUAUUUAAAGUUGCAGAACAAGGAUGUCUUUCAAUUAAUUCGCCGGUAUGAGCUUUACGAUGUCAUUUCAAAACUGAUUAUUCCACUUAUUCAAUUGGAUCGUAACUGCGCCUUUGAAAUACUACUUGACAAGAAAAAAAUAAAGACUGAGAUAGUUGUCCACCACCUAGAGCACAAACAAGAGUAUCUGUACUGGUACUUAGAUUCUUUACUUAAAAAGGAUCCCAGUAAUGUGUUUCAAAAAAAACUUAUCUCCUUAUAUGCCAUUUUCGAUCGAAACAAACUAUUGCCCUUUCUAAAGCGUUCAAAGGACUAUGACAUUCAGGAGGCGUUGGUCAUAUGCAAACAGGAAAACUUUUAUCCAGAAAUAGUCUACCUGCUCGGUUGUAUGGGUGGUGUAGAAGCGGCCGAAGCACUAAAUAUCAUUAUUCACCGCAUCAGAGACAUAGAAAUGGCCAUCGAGUUUUGCAAGGAGCACGAUGACAACGAUCUUUGGAAUGCACUUAUUAAUGAAUUUAGCAAUCAUCCUGAAAUCGUGACGAAAGUUUUGGACGGCAUAGUUGACUACUUUAGCCCAGCGGUGGUUGUUGGAAAGAUAAAAAUGGGACAGAACAUUCCAAACCUACGACAAUCACUUAUUAAAAUGCUGUGGCACUACAAUCUUCAAGGUGAAAUUUUAUCCUCUGCCCAACAAAUUCAACUUAAUGACUAUUUUGAAAUUCACUCGGAGAUAGUCACCACGCAAAGACGAGGUCAGCAGGUUUCCAACGAACAAAUGUGCUCAUUGUGCCACCGUCCAGUACUGAUGGUAGGCACACACUUUAAUUGUAUAACCAGCUUUGAAUGUGGUCAUGUAUACCAUAAACCGUGCAUACAAGGUAAAUUGCAGAAAAAUUGCAAAGAGUGUAACCUUUGGAACUUAACCGUGGAGAAAUAGGUUCAUAUCGACAUCAUAACUAUUAUCCCGGCGUCCUGUUAGGGGAAUUUAGGAUAAUUAAACUUUAGUUUAAUUUCCUACGCCCUUUGUUUUCAAACGUAUAUUUCCCAAAUGAGUUAAACAAUUUCUUUCAAAUUUCAUAUCCUCGUAACUAUUAAAUUCCAUAACUAUUGAUGUUCAACACUUUUUCACUAAUAAGCUUAGUUUAGCUAUUUUUUUUUGUUAACUGUUUCAUUUUAAGAUGCGAAUAGGAGAAGUAAAUAUUAUAGUAAAGCAAGCGAGCGAGGCAGGUGUGCUAAACAAAAGAACAAAAAAACUUGAAUAUCUUUUUGGCCCAUUUUGGUGGCUAUAUCAUUAAGUGUAAUCGUUACUUGGUGUAAGUGUUUUGUGUUUUGUGGACGUGGAAAGGCGUGGACGUGGACUCGGAACCAUUCCUUCUACCUGAUACAUCUUUUUUUUAACGAUUCUACUGUUUUUUAAACCCGUUAUUGAAGUUUGCGCGCUAUAGUAGUAGUAUAGUAAGGACACCGGGUAAAAUAUUUUUUCACACAGUCGUCGUGGUGUGGAAUACUCGUGGAUAUUAGCAUCUUGUGGCCAAUACAACAUACUGUUUUACUGGCUGGACACGAAUUUGAUUUUUUCGAGCGCAGUUGCCAAUGGCGAUAAACGAAUUGCAGGAGCAACACCACAGCCACAUGGCUUUCGCCCUGAAGUAUUUGGCUCUAGACGUGAAUGGUUUGAUGAACCAGCUUUUACUGUUAUAGCAUCUACAGUUAUAGCAUAGUAUACUAAAGUAUACUAGAGUAUUUCCGACCAUAUAUAGUAUAUAUAUCUUGAUCAGGAUCAAUAGCCAAGUCGAACUGGCAAUAUCGGUCUGUCCGUAUGUUGAUAUUAACAAUCCAGAGCAUAGAGGCAAUUUUGUUUCCACGCCCGUAAACCGCCACGCCAACAUUUUUGAGUGUUUUGAUAUUUUUUUAUAUUUUUAGUAGUCUUAUAAAUUUUUCUCAUUAUAUUCUUCAAUAUCUAUCGAUAUGCCAUAAAUAUUAUUAGCUUAGUAACGUGCAUCUGAUAGUCGAGGAACUCGACUAUAGUGUUAGGAGUCUUAAAUCAGGCAAUCAGUCAGUGAGCCGCGGUAUGAUUUCGGUCACUUUAAGUGACGGAGCCGAGCAAGGAGGCAAACCCACGACGAGGACGCAGAAGAGUACGAAGACUCAACUUGGUCAGAAGGGACAGUGGAGACUUUGGUUAGCAAAGGUGGUUCUGGGACGAGCUUUGGUUCAACCUCACGAACGAUACACCUCCAUCAUAACAUUUUAGGUCUCUUUCGAGUCGGCAGAUGAUCCGUUGUUAGAGACGACAAGGGCCUGUCGUGGUCAGAAGAGACAGUAGAGUCAUUGGUCGGCAAAUGCGACAUAACGGACGAUACACCUGCACCACCAUAACAUCCUUAGUCCCUUUCGAGCCGGCACGGGGCCGCUGUCAAGGACGUCGCGUGACAACAAAGGAGGGACGACGAGGAGUAAUGCCGCGCAGCAGACGGCGAGGACUGUAGGAAUCCAUUAUCGAGUGGUAUCUUAAUAAAGCUAAUUUAAUCUAAAA